GCACCAAAAAUCCUUAAAGCAAAACACACAUUUCACAGUAAAGAUAUGAGAACUCUUACCAUUCUCCAACAGAUAGCACCAUCCCACAUUACGAGACCAAGCCCAUGGCCACAGAUCCACCGACUCCUCCUCACUAAUCGCCCCGAGACGCCGUUCCCGUCGCCGCGGAAGUGGCAGCUCCAGAGCGGCGCAAAAGGCUUCACCAGCAGACCAAAUGGCGGCCAAUCCGUCGCGAGAAAGGGCGAGAAUAGCGGCAGCGGAGGAGGAGACGACGACGACGAUAAGAUAUCGGAUGAGGUGUGGGAGAGGAUGAUCAAGAGAAUUUUGUCCUCCGUCGGGGUGCCUUUAGCGAUUGGAUUCGCCCUGCUGAAAGGAUUCGAUGUGGCGAUAGAGAAUGGGUCGUGGAACGUGCCGAAAUGGCUGCCAUUUGUGACUACUUUUUUGACAUUCGGAGCUUCAGCGCUUGGAAUUGCUUACGGCAGUCUGUCGACGAGCUUGAACGAGGCGGAGGAGGGAUCGUUGUUAGGGUUUGAACAGCUGCAGAAGAAUUGGGUUGAGAUGUGGAAGGAAGAAGACGCUGCUUCAUCUUAAUCGUAAACUCUGUUCUUCAUUCUUUCUUCUUUUCCUUUUUUCUCUUUUCUUUUUCAUUUUUUUUUUAGAUUAAGUUAAAUUACCUACAAAACUAAUUAAUAGUAGUAUAUCUAAAUACAAAAAAGUCGAAAAUUAUAUUAAAUUGUUAGUAUAAUAAUUUCUAAGCAAAUUCCGAUUCGCUCAUUUCUCAUAUGUUCUCCAUCACAUGAGCAAAGUUACUAUGUCAUGCAUCUAUAUUUUCACAUAUACUUAUAUCGAAGUUUGUAUUCCAAUCAUUUUUCUUUUUGGUCA